UGCAAUAACUAACGACAGCGCCACGACUUACAAUAUGACAGAAGAUUUAUACCCUGACUACCACUAUGUCUAUGAAGAUUCUCAUGUACUACCUCUGGAAGAAUUAAUACCAGUUUCCACAGCCUAUGGUUUGACGCUGAUACUUGGAAUUACGGGAAACAUUCUGGUCAUUGCGUCUGUGAUCAGGUUUCGGAAACUGCACAAUGUCACCAACGUGUUUUUGCUAAGUUUGGCUUCUGCGGAUCUGCUCUUGGUAGCCAUCUGUGUUCCCGUUAAGUGCAUCGCUUUCUUCUCCUAUUCCUGGAGACUUGGAGGGUUCCUGUGUAAGUUUGUGAACUAUCUUCAGAAUUUGUCCAUCAUCUGUUCUGUGAUGACGCUGACUGGUUUAAGCCUAGAAAGGUACUACGCUAUUCUUCAUCCAAUGAAGUCUAAGUAUGUGUGCACAAUAAGUCUGGCAAGGCGUAGUGUUGUGUGUAUUUGGAUUUUCAGCACCAUCAUGGCAACACCCACACUAGCAGGCCAGAUUCACAAGACAGUUGGAAAGUAUCGUCAGGCUCACUGGUGUAUAUUGGAGUGGGACAGCGUUGUUCUACAGCGGCUGUAUGGGGUCUAUAUGUUCUUGAUCAUCCUGAUGGUACCAUUCCUAGUUGUCAGCUACGCUUAUGUCAGCAUCUGCAGAAAACUUUGGAAAAUGGACGAACGCGCGUACAAUCCAGGAGACAAGCAUGAUGCUCUACAACUUCGCCGAGUAUCACAGAGACGAGAUGACAAUGUCGUCAACAAAAGACGGGGUCUUCAGUACAGCGAGGAUAAUAAUACAAGGAGACAGGUCAUUAAGAUGCUUUUGAUCAUUAUUAUCCUCUUCAUGAUCUGCUGGGGACCCGUGACAACUAACAAUCUCUUUGUAGCCUUUGACAUCCUAGACAACUUGCACAUGGGAACACUGAAGUACAUUCGACAAGCGUUCUUUGUCUUGUCGUACUCUAACAGCUGUGUCAACCCCAUUGUUUACGGAUUCAUGUCUAAAAAUUUCAGGAAAGCAUUCGUCAUUGCAUUAGGUUUUAUGUGUCUGGGCCGGCGACGGAGAGCGCGAUUCUGGGAUAAGUCUAUCGUUCGCUUCUCCAUAGAGAACAGAUCCAGCAUUAAUGCACCCAUUCAUCAACAAAAAAUAUCCCAACAGUUCUUGAGGGAGAACUGUCGCACAUCGACAACAUACACCAGUACUAUGAACGCUGAAGGUGAUGAAAACUUCUCCCUAAAGCGAACUGAAAAAUAACUAAGUGACAAGUUCAUAAAUAAGAAGACGUCGGGUGAUUACUUCUGGAACCUUUGAUGACCACUGUAGAUAAGUGUUUGUAGCUUACGAUCUUCUAGAACAGCUUUUGUGACUGACUGGUGUCUUCAAUUUCAAUACAUCGUUUUCAGUGUAGUAAAGACGACGUUGAUCCAUCUUACCAUUUUUCUUGGUAUUUUUUGUUCAGUAGGAAAGGUUACUAAUUAUUUGAUUGAUUCUCACAACAUGGCGGGUUUUUUUUAACCAAUGAAAUGAACUUGUACAAGAAAAAGGUCAAUUUUAUGUAGAAUAUGUGAUUUCGUUUGGUGCAAACAACAAUAUAUUAAAUGUUUUAACUUGAAACAAUACACUGUCAAACUCAGUACAGGUAAGGUGUCAUAUGGGUCAGUGGAUAAUCUAGAAGGGGGUAUCAGGAUGGGAACCCCCCUUUGGUUGACAAUUUAAACUAAAAUGGUAAUUUUUGCCAUUUUGGGUCUUGGACAGAAAAGGUACACAUUUGAGUCGCACUCUCCCUCUGAAAGUUUUCUGGAUCCAUCCCUGAGAAUACAUUACACCGAGAGUACAACUUUUAUUUUCAAACUGAACCAGCCAGAUGUACCUUUGUUAAACAAUUGAGAAUAAAUCCCAAUAUGGUGCUGUGAAUUUAUGAAAUAUAUUUUCAAAACUUGUAUUAAAACAAAGAUAAGACCGUGACUGGUAAUCUACAUGUAGUAUUCAUCAAACUUUGUGCACGGUAAUCUAUUUUCUAUCAUAUAUUUCCAUUGUGCUGUUUUAUUUUAUCUGAACAGAAUGAGCUUUCUUUAUUUCACAAUAAAACUUUGAAUGUA